AUGAAAGAGGUGGUUGUCGACGUGGCCCCAAAGUGCAUUAAGGGCCUAGAGUUCAGCGCCCUCUCGGCAAGCGACAUCGUCGCCCAGUCCGAGGUCGAGGUCACCACUCGAGACUUGUAUGACUUGGAGAAAGGUAGAGCUGUGAGGGAAGGUGGUGCUUUAGAUACCAAAAUGGGUACCUCUUCCAAUGCUGUGGAGUGCUCCACCUGUCACGGCACAUUGGCUACAUGUCACGGUCACUUUGGCCAUGUGCGUUUGGCGUUGCCUGUAUUUCAUGUGGGUUACUUCAAGGCAAUUAUUCUGGUUCUCCAGUGCAUCUGUAAGAACUGUGGUGCUCUCUUGUUAGAUGAGCAGACCAAGAGAAGUUUCUUGGCAGAAUUAAGAAGACCAAACAUUGACAACUUGCGCCGCAUGAAGAUCUUAAAGAAAGUUGUGGAGCAAUGUAAGAAACAGAGAAGGUGUCUCAAAUGUAAUCACUUGAACGGUGUGGUCAAAAAGGCGGCUAGUGGUGCUGGCCCUGCAGCUUUGAAGAUUGUUCAUGACACAUUUCGUUUCGUGGGAAAGAAGCCCACACCUGAGAAGGAGUACUGGGAAAAAGAGUUCGAUGAGGUCUUCUCAAGAAACCCAGAGCUCGAAAAGUUCGCCAAGCGUGUUCACGAGGACUUGAAUCCACUUAGGGUUUUGAACUUGUUUCGCCAAAUCUCACCGCUUGACUGUGAGUUGUUCGGUAUUGAUGCCGCAAGAGGGGGAAGACCUGAAAUGUACAUUUGGAGAUAUUUACCAGCACCCCCUGUUUGUAUCCGUCCAUCCGUGAUGAUGGAUAGUCAGUCCAAUGAAGAUGACUUGACUGUGAAAUUGACGGAAAUCGUUUGGACGUCCUCACUUAUCAAGGCAGGUAUCGAGAAGGGUAUCUCCGUGAAUAACAUGAUGGAACAAUGGGAUUACCUCCAGUUAUCUGUGGCCAUGUACAUCAACUCCGAUUCUGCCAACCCAGCGCUUCUUCCGGGAGGUAUGGGCUCUGGUGGAGGUUCUAAGAGCAGUAAGCCAAUUCGAGGUUUCUGCCAAAGAUUGAAGGGUAAACAGGGUCGAUUCAGAGGUAAUUUAUCCGGUAAGAGAGUGGAUUUCUCCGGAAGAACUGUCAUUUCCCCUGAUCCUAACUUAAAAAUUGAUGAAGUGGCGGUGCCUGACCGUGUUGCCAAGAUCUUGACCUACCCAGAAAAGUGUACUCGUUAUAAUCGUCAGAAACUUCAGAGAUUGAUUUUAAAUGGUCCUGAUCAGCAUCCAGGUGCGAACUACGUGGUCAAACAAAACGAAGUUGGAAAGAGAAACUUGCGUUUUGCUGAUAAAGAGAAAAUGGCUAAGUCAUUGCGCAUUGGUGAUGUGGUUGAGAGACACAUUGAGGAUGGUGAUGUUGUUCUUUUCAACAGACAACCUUCGUUGCACAGAUUGUCUAUCUUAUCGCACUAUGCCAAGAUCAGACCUUGGAGAACCUUCAGACUUAAUGAGUGUGUUUGUACUCCUUACAACGCUGAUUUCGACGGUGACGAAAUGAACUUGCAUGUUCCUCAGACAGAGGAAGCAAGAGCAGAGGCCAUAAACUUGAUGGGUGUGAAAAAUAAUUUGUUGACUCCCAAAUCUGGUGAGCCAAUCAUUGCUGCCACCCAGGAUUUCAUCACUGGCUCCUACUUGAUUUCCCACAAAGACAGUUUCUUUGACCGUGCUUCUUUGGUCCAGUUGUUGUGUAUGAUGUCAGAUGCGGAUUUGCAAUUUGAAAUUCCUCCUCCUGCUAUUUUCAGGCCAGUUAUGUUGUGGACCGGUAAGCAAGUGUUUUCGUUGCUCAUAAAGCCAAACAAGAAAUCGAAGGUAGUCAUUAACGUCGACGCUAAAAACAAGACCUUUACUCCCCCAGCGAAGGGCUUGCCUAAUGAGAUGUCGCCUAACGACGGAUUUGUGAUCAUUCGUGGUUCUCAAAUUUUGAGUGGAGUGAUGGAUAAAUCGACAUUAGGUGAUGGUAAGAAACAUUCUGUCUUUUAUACUAUUCUCCGAGACUAUGGACCCGAUGAGGCAGCUACUGCCAUGAACAGAAUGGCAAAGCUUUGUGCUAGAUUUUUGGGUAACCGAGGCUUUUCUAUUGGUAUUAAUGAUGUCACCCCUGGUGCCGAUUUGAAGAAUAAAAAGGAAAUGAUGGUUGAGGCGGCAUACGCAAAGUGUGACGAAUUGAUUGACUUGUACAACAGAGGAAGGUUGGAAACUCAACCAGGUUGUAACGAGGAACAGACUUUGGAAGCCAAAAUUGGUGGUUUGCUUUCGAAAGUCAGAGAAGAAGUUGGUGAUGUGUGUAUUAAUGAGUUAGAUAACCUUAAUGCUCCAUUGAUCAUGGCCACCUGUGGUUCCAAAGGUUCCACCUUGAACGUGUCGCAGAUGGUGGCAGUUGUCGGACAGCAAAUUAUCUCGGGUAAUCGUGUCCCCGAUGGAUUUCAAGACAGAUCUUUGCCACACUUCACAAAGAAUUCCAAGACACCACAGUCGAAGGGUUUCGUCAGAAAUUCUUUCUAUAGUGGUUUGACUCCCCCAGAAUUCUUGUUCCACGCUAUUUCGGGAAGAGAAGGUUUGGUUGAUACUGCUGUGAAGACUGCAGAAACCGGUUACAUGUCUAGACGUCUUAUGAAGUCCCUUGAAGAUUUGUCGUCGCUGUACGAUAAUACUGUUAGAAACUCUUCCAAUGGUAUUGUCCAGUUCACUUACGGAGGAGAUGGGUUGGACCCAUUGGAUAUGGAGGGAGAUGCCAAACCUGUUAACUUUGACCGUCAAUGGGAUCAUGCAUUUAACAUCACAUUCAACAUCAAGGAUAGAGGUUUGUAUCCAUAUCAGAUUAUGGACGUUGUGGAAUCGGUUUUGCAGCCUCUUGAAGAGAAGCUAAUCAGAUAUGACAACUUGGGCAACGUUAUUGAGGGUGAAAUGGGAGACAGAAUCGAAUUUAUUGACCAGAAGGAUGCCGAAAGAGCAUUUUACAAGUCGAUUCGCGACUAUGUUGGUAAGAAAGCCACACAACUUGCAAACUACAGAAACAAUAGGAACCUUCGACCUUAUCUCACUAAGAUUGAAGAGGACGAUGGGAUGGUUCUUGAAGAGGACGAGUUGAGCGAAAAUGCUGUCAACCAAUUAUUGAAAAUCUCCAGGAAGUCCGUUCACAAGUUCUUGGAGCAGUGUCUCUACAAGUAUUUGAGAGCCAAGGUCGAGCCAGGAACUGCUGUCGGAGCUAUUGGUGCUCAUUCCAUCGGUGAACCAGGUACCCAGAUGACCUUGAAGACUUUCCACUUUGCUGGUGUUGCUUCUAUGAAUGUCACGUUGGGUGUUCCUCGUAUCAAGGAAAUCAUUAAUGCUGCGAAGGUCAUUUCCACCCCUAUCAUCAACUCUGUAUUGGUCAAUGAUGAAGAUGAGCUUGCUGCACGUGUGGUGAAGGGAAGAAUUGAAAAGACAAUGUUGAAGGAUGUUGCAUACUUCAUUGAGGAUGUGUAUAAGAACGACAUGGCUUACUUGUCUAUCAAGAUCGAUUUAAGGACCAUUGAGAGAUUGCAGUUGGAGUUGACUUUGGACAACAUCCGCCAGGCCAUUGCUAACGCACCUAAGUUGAAGAUUUUAAACAAUGAAGUAUCUGUUUAUGGCAGAGACCGUGUCAAUGUUUUGGUGACUUUGAGGGAGACAAAAUCAGAGAGUUUGGCUCGUACUGCUGCUUCAGACUAUAAACUGAGUGAUACUAACAACGCUUUGUUCUUUAGAAUGCAACACUUGAAGCGGUCAUUGCCUGAUGUCGUGAUCAAGGGUCUUCCAAACAUUUCAAGAGCAGUUAUUAACAUCAGAGAUGACAACAAGAAGGAAUUAUUGGUAGAAGGAUACGGAUUAAAGGAAGUCAUGAGCACUGAUGGUGUGGUGGGCACUAAGACCAGCACUAACCACAUUCUCGAAGUGUACCAGGUGUUGGGUAUUGAAGCCGCUAGAUCAUCGAUCAUUGGAGAAAUUGACUACACCAUGAGUAAGCACGGAAUGAGUGUGGAUCCUCGUCAUAUCCAGCUAUUGGGAGACGUGAUGACUUAUAAGGGAGAAGUACUUGGAAUCACCAGAUUUGGUUUGAGUAAAAUGAGAGAUUCGGUGUUGCAGCUUGCAUCGUUCGAAAAGACGACCGACCACUUGUUCGACGCCGCAUUUUUCAUGAAGAACGAUAAGAUAGAGGGAGUUUCGGAGUGUAUCAUUUUGGGACAGACCAUGAGCAUUGGUACCGGAACAAUCAAGAUGGUGAAGACUUCUGAGUAUGAACAGAAAAAUUUGGAGCCAAAACCCACAUUAUUUGAGAAUUUGUGUGAGGUGGGCGCUUGA